CAGCCUGGGCGACAGAGCAAGACUCCGUCUCAAAAAAAAAAAAAAAAAAUUCAAAUCAGUACCCUGGAAUGGAGCUAUCGGUGAACUGUGAGACAGAAAUCAAUCAAUAUAGAUAUAAGGAUAUAUGAGCAUAGGAGGAAACAAUUAUAUGCCAUUUACAUAUACCUAUAUGCAUUCAUAUUAAAUCAAGGCAUGCACCCACAGGUACUGCAGAGAAAUAUACAGGUUGAAAUUAGGGAAGGUUCAAGGGCAUUAACGGAAAAACAAAAAACUGUUACACGUGUCUACGUGAUCUCGCUAUAGGAAAUGAAGGUGCCUUUAUGGCUUCUUGAGUGAAUUUAGAUAAAAGAUGACCACAUAAUGAGAAGAAUGAUUUUUCUUACUAGUCUGUUUGAUACUCUGAGUAACAAUCAAAAAUAAUUUUCAGACUGCCUAUAUGUGAGACCUUAUUACAAUGGCUGAGGACAGCAGAGAAUCCUCUUUGGAAACAGAAAAGGAUAGCGGGGGACAGAGAGUAGUGAAGACCUCCGGAGAAGAGAAAAAAGCUAACAACCCUAGAAAUGCUUUUGAUCCUGCAGAACUCUGCCACAAUACAGGGUGAUACUCCAGACUCCAAACACCAUCAUAUUGGAUUGUGUCCUUGACUCAGACCUGCAGUUACUUUACCCUACUUGUGGACCAAGAGAGACGAUCAAGUAAAGGAGUAAUGGAGGGCCUUCGAGGCAGCACAUUUAGUGGAAUAAGAGGGCUGACUACCUCCACACAAAGGUUUAGUUUGAAAUAACUGCCACCACACAGGCUGUCAGGCACUGGGACUGAGGACAUAACAGAGAAGUUUAUUUAAAUCUGGAAGCAUUAUCAUUUUCCCUAGCCUAAGAUGUUGAUUGCCAUCGUAUAAAUCCUGCUUUCCAAAUAGUGCUAUACACAUGAAUAGUCAGAACUUAACUGGUUUAUGUGCAGAGUAAUGAAAGCGAGUUUUUCCAGAAAAGUGAAUUUGGAAUUGUGUCUCCUGUCUGACUGUGCUCUUUUAUCAUCCUCUAGUGCACCCACAAAUGAAUUAUCAGAUACGAACCUGGAGGCGCGUAUCAAUGAAAGUCCCGAUCCGAACGCCCUGGUGGGAGUCAUCAUUGAAAGAAGCCCCAGUGACAGUACACAGACAAAUGAAUUUAAAGGAGCAACCAAGGAGACACUUACGAUUGAAACCCCACACAGCCGUGAAUGUAAAGGAGCAGGCCUGUUGUCACCUGUCAGUAAAAGUAUGUUAGAACGACUUUCCAAGUUUGAAGUUGAAGAUGCUGAAAAUGUUGCUUCACAUGACACCAAGAUUAAGAAAAUUGUGCGUUCAAUUGUAUCAUCCUUUGCAUUUGGAAUAUUUGGAGUUUUCCUGGUCUUACUGGAUGUCACUCUUCUCCUUGCCGACCUAAUUUUCAAUGAUAGCAAACUUUAUAUUCCUUUGGUGUAUCGUUCUAUUUCUCUAGCUAUUGCCUUAUUUUUUCUCAUGGAUGUUCUUCUUCGAGUAUUUGUUGAAGGGAGACAGCAGUAUUUUUCUGACUUACUUAACGUUUUAGAUACUGCCAUUAUUGUGACUCCUGUGCUGGUUGAUGUCGUUUACAUUUUUUUUGACAUUAAGUUUCUUAGGAAUAUUCCCAGAUGGAUACAUUUAGUUAGACUUCUACGACUUAUUAUUCUGAUAAGAAUUUUUCAUCUGAUUCAUCAAAAAAGACAACUUGAAAAGCUGAUGAGAAGGCUGGUUUCAGAAAACAAAAGGCGAUACACAAGGGAUGGAUUUGACCUAGACCUCACUUAUGUUACAGAACGUAUUAUCGCUAUGUCAUUUCCAUCUUCUGGAAGGCAGUCUUUCUAUAGAAAUCCAAUUGAGGAAGUCGUGCGGUUUCUGGAUAAGAAACAUCCAAAUCACUAUCGAGUCUAUAAUCUAUGCAGUGAAAGAGCUUAUGAUCCUAAGUAUUUCCAUAAUAGGGUCAGCAGAAUCAUGAUUGAUGAUCAUAAUGUCCCCACUCUACAUGAGAUGGUGGUUUUCACCAAGGAAGUAAAUGAGUGGAUGGCUCAAGAUCCUGCAAACAUCGUAGCAAUUCACUGUAAAGGAGGCAAAGGAAGAACUGGAACUAUGAUUUGUGCCUUCCUUAUUGCCUCCGGAAUAUUUUUAACUGCAGAGGAAAGCCUGUAUUAUUUUGGAGAAAGGCGAACAGAUAAAACCAACAGCAGUAAAUUUCAGGGAGUAGAAACUCCUUCUCAGAAUAGAUAUGUUGGAUAUUUUGCACAAGUGAAACAUCUCUACAACUGGAAUCUCCCCCCGAGACGGAUACUCUUUAUAAAAAGAUUCGUUAUUUAUUCGAUUCGUGGUGUUGGAACAGGCGGUGUAUGUGAUCUAAAAGUCCAAAUAGUAAUGGAGAAAAAAGUUGUCUUUUCCAGUACUUCAUUAGGAAAUUGUUCGAUAUUGCAUGACAUUGAAACAGACAGAGUGUUAAUUGAUGCAUUCAACGGUCCCCCUCUGUAUGACGAUGUGAAGGUACAGUUUUUCUCUUCGAAUCUUCCUAAAUACUAUGACAAUUGUCCGUUUUUCUUCUGGUUCAACACAUCUUUUAUUCAAAGUAACAGGCUUUAUCUACCAAGAAAUGAAUUGGAUAAUCCACAUAAACAAAAAACAUGGAAAAUUUAUCCACCACAAUUUGCAGUGGAGGUACUUUUUGGUGAGAAGUGACUGACAAUUUCGUUGUAGCUGGAUCCGAUUAAGUAUAGUUCCCCCUUCCCCUUCUGGGAAAGAAUUAUGUUCUUUCCAACCCCUGCCACAUGUUCAUAUGUCCUAAAUCUUCCUUGAUGAUAUAUCUGUAUUUAUAUAUGUUUACAUAUGUUCUUGAUAAAUCUAUUAAAUAUAUAGAGAUAAAA